AUCGACUUUGAUCUGCACAAGGUAUGGCGGCACCGCGGUGGAAGCGCUCGGCGUGGCUACAUGCCACGGACGUCCUUGCGUCGACGUUGCGAGGGUACAUUUCGCUUCAGAAAAAGCACCAGGACGAGCUGCGUACGUUUGCGUCGAAAGCUUGCGGCGUCUUGGAAGAGGCCGCCGUGGGAUCGGAAUCGCUCCGAGGGGUUCUGACCCACGUGUCGGAGCUGUUUGCACAUGCCGCGAGCGCCCCUGAGGAACUCUGUGUUAACCUUCCAUUGGACCUCGACGAGCUCCAAACAGAGCUUCAGCGCCAAGUCGACCAAAUGGAGUGCUUGGUGCAGGAGACAAACGCUCAAGAAUCGGCAUUCAACGCUGCCAAGCAAGCGUAUGCGUCGGCAUGGACUGCAUUCAACACGUCUUUUACACAGUCGAGUGAAUUGUUGGCUCGAGCGAUCGACUGCGGCAUCGACCCCAAUUUGUUUCUCGAUGUCGACGAUGCAUCUGCGAUCCAAGCGACUCAGAGCAGCACGACGACGACGAUACCGCCCGUCGAUUCGUCGCCGGCGCUUGGCUCGAAGAAAAUCGUUCGCCAAGUCGCCGACGCCAUCCGUCGUGCAAAGAGCAACAAGGCCACAUGCAUCGUCCAGUACAAACUGUUUCGCAAGGUUGCCGGCGAGUACGCCCAGGCGCUCGACGCGAUGACUGCCACACAGCAGGUACGCGUCCGUGUCGCCGUCCGACCGCUCCACCUCGUGCAGGCCAUCGAGCGCGAGAGCAGCACCAACCUGACGUCGAUCGUGCACAAGUUCAUUGUGUGCUACUUGUCUCUUGUCAAGAACCUCGAGGUAGGACGGUCUUGAAUGGAUGGCUAGCAUUUGCCCGGACUGUCGGUAGUACGACCUCGUCCAACUCCACGGCAGCGUCGAAGCCGAACAAAAUCAAAUGCUGGCGAUGCCGCCGCGAUUCGUCGGGCACGCGGCAGCGAUCCACGAGCAGAUGCAAGCGAUGCCGCCCCCGUUGGGUGAACCGCUCGAACUGUCGUACUUUUUGGAGCAAUACUUUCCCACGACGCAAGUGCGGCCGUUGCUAGUGCGCCACCAGCCGCGCACGUCGUUGUUUGCCGCCUAAGUUGUCGUUGUCUACCGCCAAGGAAUGCAAAUUGCGAAAUGGAUGCAUGUCUGUGGAGGUGUGUGUAUGUGGGG